AUGACCGCCGAGGGAGCUUCAUCGUCGUUCAUGAAGACGCAGCUCUUCAUCAACAAUGAGUACGUCGACGCCCAAUCGGGGGAGUCCUUCCCCCUCUACAACCCCGCCGACGAGUCCCUCCUCCACCCGGCCAUUCCCAUCGCCGGUCCCGCGGACGUCGACGCCGCCGUCGCCGGCGCUCAAGCAGCUUUCGCACCCACAUCCCCCUGGCGCGCCUCCUUCCCCGCCAAGCGGCGCGCCGCCGCCAUGCACAAGCUGGCGGACCUGAUGGAAGCGAACGCGGGGCAGCUGGCCCGACUGGAGACGCAGGCCAUGGGCCAGCCGCCGGCGGUCAGCGGGCUGAUGGUGCGGUGGGCCGCCGACGCGUUCCGCUACUACGCCGGCUGGGCCGACAAGGUCGCCGGCCAGGCGUUUCCCGGCGAGCGAGACGAAGACGGGGACGGUGAUGGUGCGAUGGGGUCGUACAAGAUUGUCAGGUACGAGCCGCUGGGCGUAUGUGCGGGGGUCGGGGCGUGGAAUGCGGCGCAGAGCAACUUCGCCUGGAAAGCCGCCCCAGCCCUCGCCGCCGGCAACACCAUCAUCUACAAGCCGUCAGAAAAAGCGCCGCUCGGGAUCCUCGCGCUGGGGACCCUCAUCAAAGCCGCAGGCUUCCCCCCGGGCGUCGUCCAGCUGCUCUCCGGUCCGGGCAGCACCGGCGCCCUGCUGGCAUCGCACCCACACGUGGCCAAGAUCAGCUUCACCGGCUCCGCCGCGACGGGACGCCGGAUCCAAGACGCGGCGACGCGCUCCAACAUGAAGCGCGUCACGCUCGAGCUGGGCGGCAAGUCGCCCGCGCUCGUCUUCGCCGACGCCGACGUCGCCAACGCCGUGCGCCACUGCUCGCUCGGCUUCCUGCUCAACAGCGGCCAGGUGUGCGCCGCCGCCGGCCGCGUCCUCGUGCACGAGGACGUCGCCGCCGCCUUCGUCGACGGCCUCCGCGCCGCCUUUGAGCACACGGCCCGCGCCAUGCGCGGCGAGCCCGGCCUGGAUGAUGCCGCCACCGUGCAUCCGCUGCAGCUGCUGGGGCCCCUGGCCGACCGCGCCCAGUUCGAGCGCGUCACGGGCUUCAUCGAGCGCGCCAGGGCGGAGGCGGAGACGGCGGAGGGACGAGGAGGGCUGCUGACGGGCGGCGGGCGCGUGGGCGACAAGGGCCUCUUCGUCGAGCCGACCAUCUUCGUGGAUCCCAAGCCCGGCAGCGAGAUCUAUACGGACGAGAUCUUCGGCCCGGUGAGCACGGUGACGACGUUCAAGACGGAGGAGGAGGCCGUGGCGCUGGCCAACGACACUCCGUACGGCUUGUCUGCGACGCUAUACACCAGCUCCAUCUCGCGCGCCCUGCGCGUGUCGGGCUUGCUCGAGGCCGGCACCGUCGGCGUCAACACGUCCUUCAUGCCCAGCCCGACCACGCCCUUCGGCGGCGUCAAGCAGAGCGGGUCCGGCAGGGAGCUGGGCUUCCAAGGCCUGCUGGCCUAUCUGGACACCAAGACCAUUCAUAUCAACAUGAACGUCUAG